UGACAGUUUACCACAUUCAUCCGAGAACAAACAGCCUACUUACUUCGGUGUGAGUGACGCAUAAACCUUCCGAAGAGAUUACCUCCAAGUUCUAGGCGUCCUCCGAAGCCCUACAAGAGCACGUCCGAGUUCUGGAUCAUCGGCGACAUGUCGGUCAUGUGCACGACCUGUGCCAAGAAAUUCGGCUUCCUCCGCUCCGAGAAGAGCUGUGAUCAGUGCGGCUUCGCUCAUUGUGCGGCCUGUCUGCAAAAGGGUGAUGACAGCCGCACCCUGUGUAAAAGCUGCUUAACUGGAUCCCAGCCCCAUAGGUCACCGCAAGCCAAUCCGAGUGCUCCAAGUUCGUUCUUGGAUCAUCGGCUCAAGACCCUGGAAACCCGAGAGCCCGGGGCCGAUUUGAACCCGAUUCAAGUCUAUCCGGCACGUGCCAAAACUGGACUGCGAACGGAUAAAGACACUUUUAAACGGGGGCUGUCGGUCGAGGAUCAAAAAUUGGUGGAUCGCUUGGCCACACUCACGGAUGAUAACCCGUUGGCCAAUCUUUCGGACGGUGAAUUGAGAUCACGUCUAGACAAAUUGAAAGGCCAAUCAGAGGCUAAACCGGGUUCUGAAUCAGCAUCCAAUCCCAGUAUUUCACUGGUGAGCGUCCAGAAGCCGGAUAAUCCCGAUGAUUUACUCAAGCAAUUAAGGGCCGAGGUCCAAUUAAACCAAAAUGAUCCCGAUCCGUGUCAAGAUAUUGAGAAACGCUUGGCCAACUUACGAGGUCUGAGUGAAGAGGCGCAGGCUAAACUCCACAAGCAACCGCAUAGGUGGGACGACGAGGAAGAUCCAGACAUGGACUUUUUUGAUCCGGAUAGUGAGGAUGAAAGUGUAAAAAAACUCAUAAAGCAAUUGACCGAGGAGCAAAUUAUGGAUGAUAAUUUGGAAGAAAGUAAUGUGGCGGAAACAUCUAGAUUAAGCACUUCAGCUUGUCGAUCUUUGGUCAAAGAAUCUAGUGUGGAAGACGAGGUUUUUCCUUGGUGCGUGAUAUGCAAUGAGGAUGCCACGUGCUCGUGCCUUGAUUGUGAGAAAGAUCUUUAUUGCAAUCGAUGUUUUAAAGAGUGUCACGGAGAGUUUGAGCUCGCUCACCGCUCGAAGCCUUAUAAGACUCCUCCAAAGCAAACCUAAGAUUCUUGAUAAACUUAACAAAUUUGAAUUUCAUUCCAAUGCCUUUUUCAAGAAAAACAAUAAUAAUCAUGACGAUCCUGCCUUGCGGUAAAAUGGUUGAAAAGAUCAAAUCAGAGUUCGUUGUAUUCAUUCAAUAAAUUCAAUUUUAUUCUCA